AUGAAGACAGAACCUGCCCCCAGACGGCGCCGUACACCAGCGGAAGUCAAGGCAACUAUUGAAGACCGGGCCAAAGCCUGGGAGGAGGAUCGGUCGAAGUAUAUCGAUCUGAAUUGGCUCCCUGCUACUUCGGUUGAGGUGGAACGCCUUUUCACCACUAUGAAGUGCAUGCUCGGGUAUCUGCGCAAGCGGAUGAGCGCAGAAACACUGGAGACUAUUCUCUUCCUACGGAUGAACUGGGAUCUCGUUACGAACGAGAUCACGUCGAAAGCAGUGCAGACGGCUCUCGAAGACGACGAAGAAGAUGAAGGAGAAGUCGACAGCUACCAGUAA